AGGCGCAAAAAUAGAAAACAGAAACAACGACAGAGCGGGGAAAAGGGAAAAAGAGAAAAGAGUUCUUUCGGAUAGAAGGCGGGUGAAGAACAGAAUGUUUGGUGCGCGGGAAGAGGAGGAGGAGGAGGGGGAGGAGGAGGAGGAAGAGGCGGAGGAAGCCGAGAGCCAGGCCAGCCAUUCAUGGCUAGGCAGACAGCGACGGCGGAGUCUUGUUCUUCGGGAUGUCAUUACUUCGUCCCUUAUGGCUGUGGGCGCCAUUGUGGGUCAACAAAGGAGAAGAAGAAGCUCUGUUUGUUUAGACCGUCCUCCCGCUGGCUAUGGCGAUCCAAUGAACGGUCAGCGGAGUUGGGUGUUUGUCCACCGGCCUUCUUCUGUCUCAUCAGCUAUGGCGAGUCGCUUCUCCCUCCUCCUGCUCUUCUUCCUCUUCUUCUCCCUGUCGUUCGUUAUCACCUUCUAUUUCCAUAACCCUCCUGUCGUUCUCGACUUCCUUAGUCUCCCUGCUAUAGAUAGGCAUCUGUCAUCUUCCAUUCCCAGCAGGGGGAGCAGGAUGGCCGUGGUCACACACACGCCAUCUCCGCCAUCUCCAGUAUCGACCUCGGCGGCAUUGCCGGCAGCCUGCGGUGGAUAUCACUCUGGUCCAGCUGUCAGUGCACCCAAUUUCAAUUUCACCGAUCGCGAGAAAUUGUAUAAUGAAAUGGGUUCUAAUCUGGAGAGAAGGGGCCCAUUGUUUCUGACAACCGGCGAGACGACACAAUCACUGAAGAUCAGCGACCUCUUUGUCAUCAUCCAAAGCAAUGGCUCUGUAAGGCCGAUUCCAAAGCCAUUGAUGCAUCCAGUUAGGGCGACUUUGCUAUACAUUGAGCCUGCAGUUGGCAUUACGAUAUGGCGAGUGGUCAAGCAGGUAAUUGCCGAGUACUUUCCACAAGGAGGAGUUUGGUAUCAAGAUCCCCAGAUGUUCCACGUGUCUCUCUAUCAUGCAUCCAACCACAUCGACACUGUUCCCGCCACGACCUCAGAGAUUGACGAAGAAACCAACGCCGUUGCACGAGUGGCCAGAACCAGCUGCCCUGUUGUUAUCGCAUUGGACCGGGUUAUCGUAACUUCAACUGGUGCUGUUAUUGGCUGCUGGCAGCUGUUGGAUGGCACAGAGCCAGCACAACUCCGCAAACGCCUGAGGUCUGGUCUGCCACGAUCUCCCCAGAAACAGAUGAAUAAUCAGGUUCUCAUUCAUACUUCAUUUGCCCGGUUACUCGUUGCCCCUACGAGUCCCAACCCAGUACUGCAGGGCCAAGCUGAAGCCCAAGAGAGUCAUCCGACGAAAUUGCUGCUGCGUAUGGCGAGGGAGCUGAGCAAGAGGCUGUGCAGAUUGAGGGCAAAUCUAAGCGAACUCUGGUACGUUGAGGAGUUGGAUAUGCUGGCACUGGCCUUGAGGGGUAACAUGAGGCAACGGAAAUUUCCACUUUCUUGUGAGAUUGCCCUAGAAGAGGGGUAAAAAGACUCUGCGAAGGCCUCUGCAAGAUGCUCUUCAGUAACAGCCUUCACAGUCUGUGUUUACCGAGAAGGAUCUCGCAGAGGCCUUCACAGACUGUUUUUACCCCUCUAGGGUAAUCUCACAUGAAAGUGGAAAUUUCCUUUCUGAUGAUCUAGGAUGGGAUGCGAUAACAUCUAUAUCGGACACCCACAGAUGACUUGCAGAGCCAGCAUAUCCAACCACAAGCCGUCUGUGGAGGUCGGAUAGAUGUCAGAAGACUUGGGAAAAAACAGCGCAAGCAGAUCGGUUAAUUUACGCUCACUGGUUUACUGCCACCGGGUGUGGCAGGGAAAUCAGAAAGGGGCCUGCGUGGUAGCAGAGGCCAUCAGAUCGAUGAUCUUUUCGAACGCAAAUAGAGUCGGCAAAACUCUAUUUCUAGAUAAACUGUUCCUUUGCCU